AUGAAUUUCAAGGUAAACAAAGCGAAUCUUCCAACUCUUUUCGCAAUUCUGAGUGGUCUUGGUGCUGAAUGCGCGGGCAUAAUUACGAAAGUUGGCUCCAAGGUCAUCAAUCUGAGUAUUGGAGAUCGAGUCCUUGCCUUCAAUGGCAGCUCAUUUUCCACCAGUAUUAAUACUACUACCGAUCUGUGUGCCAAGAUUCCCGAUACUUUGAGCUUUGAGGAUGCUGCUACCAUGCUGUAUGUGUAUAGCACCGUCAUACAUGGUCUUCAAGACAUUACAAGACUAGAAGCUGGCCAGAUAUACGCAACAGGAGAAAAUGAGGAAAGGGUUGAAUAUUUGGUGGAAACGUUUGAUAUCCCACGAAGUCAUAUUUUCAACUCACGGAACGCGUCUUUCUUACCGGACCUCAUGCGCGAAAAUAAUGGCAGAGGUGUUGAUGUGGUUCUCAAUUCGCUUUCCGGGGAUCUCUUACACAGCUCUUGGGCCUGUGUUGCAGAAUAUGGGAAAAUGGUUGAGAUUGGAAAACGGGACUUGAUCGGUCAAGGUCGCCUUGCCAUGGAUCUUUUUACUGCAAACAGAUCUUUCUUCGGUGUGGAUCUUUCUCGAAUUUGUGCUGCACGACCUCUGAUCGUCAAAAAGGUAAUAUUGUUCAAAAAUUGUAUGCAUUAUUUUCGCGAAGGUGCUAUCCUGCCAAUCAGACCAACCCAAGUCUUUGAUGCCAUUCAGAUAGAUUACUCUAUCAACUCAAAGGUUGCCCAUCUUCAGGAAGCUUUCAGCUUCAUGCGAAAGAUCCAGCACAUCGGAAAGAUUGUCAUUAGCAUGCCCUCAAACUCUCUGCAGCUGGCUAUUUUCAAUAUCCAUAGCCAGUUCUCCCUUUGCUCUGAUGUUUCUUACUUGCUGGUUGGUGGCUUAGGAUGA